AUGGAGAAAAAGACUUCUACUGAGGAUACCACUUCUACUGAAGAUGCCGGUUCUGGCACUGUCCAUCCAUAUCGAGAGACUCAACGGGGUCUUGCAUCAAGACAUGUUCAAUUGAUGGCUAUUGGAGGCUCUAUUGGAACUGGAUUAUUUGUGGGAAUUGGAUCCUACCUUCGAGAAGCAGGACCACUCUCCCUGUUUCUGGGUUACUUGGUCUGGGGUGUUUUGUUUAUUCUUCCUGUCAAUCUGAGCGUGGGCGAAAUGGUGGCCUAUCUUCCAAUCAGAGGCUCAAUCUUCGAGCUUGCUGCUCGAUUUAUUGACCCUGCUUUUGGCUUUGCCAUGGGCUGGGUUUAUUUCUAUGGAGGCGUUAUGCUGGUCUGUACAGAGUACUCGGCCGUUGCAACAGUCAUGCAAUACUGGAAUACAAGCAUCAACCCAGGUGUUUGGGUCGCUAUGGCGAUGGUUGUCUGUUCACUGCUGAACUUCGUCGCAGUCAAAUACUAUGGAGAAAGCGAAUUCAUCAUGGCCUCCACCAAAAUCCUUUUACUUAUCGGACUUGUCCUGCUAACCUUCAUCACCAUGGUUGGUGGUAAUCCGGAACAUGAUGUAUAUGGCUUCCGAAAUUGGACCGACGGAGCGAUGUUCGAAUACUAUACCGAUGGAGUCACUGGGCGCUUCCUGGGAUUUUUCUCCGUCAUGAUCUACGCUGCAUUUUCGAUAGCAGGUCCCGAUCUUCCUGCACUUGCGGCGGGAGAGAUUCAAAACCCACGUUACACUAUUCCUCGUGUUGUGAAAAUGACUUUCUGGCGUAUCGUCGGGUUCUAUGUAGUUGGUGUCCUCGCCGUCGGCAUUAUCUGCAGUCCGCGAGACCCACGUCUCAUGUCUGCAAUUGACUCGGGAGCAGCAGGAUCCGCUGCCUCACCGUGGGUCAUUGGGAUUGAGAAUUUAGGAAUCAAAGGUCUACCGGGCUUGAUCAACUUCCUCAUUCUACUAUCUGGCUGGUCCUGUGGCAAUGCUUAUCUAUACAGCUCCAGUCGAACACUCUAUUCCCUCGCGCGGGACGGCCAGGCGCCCAAAUUCCUGCUUAAGUGCACCAAAUCUGGCAUCCCGGUUUAUUGUGUGUUGACUGUAUCGCUACUCACCUGCGUCACCUUCCUAGUAACAGAUACUUCAUCUGUUACUGUGUUCUACUGGUUCGUCGAUUUGACUACCAUCGCUUUUGUUCUCACCUAUACCGGUAUGCUCUGUGUGUUUAUUGCCUGGUACCGCGCUCUCAAGGCGCAAGGGAUCGACCGUAAGCAAUUUGUCCCUUGGGCAUCUCCAUGUCAGCCUUAUGCGGCAUGCUUUGCAAUUGUCAUUGGCUGUCUGGCGGCUAUUUUCAAUGGAUUUUCGGUCUUCAAGCCCUUUGAUGUGCAGGGAUUCAUCACCGAUUAUUUUGGCCUCGCCUUUUGGGCCGUGAUGUUUGUUUUCUGGAAGGUAUAUCAUCGAACGAAAUUCGUUAAUCCGGCGGAGGCAGACUUAUACUCUGGUAAGGCGGAAAUCGACGAGGAAUGCAAGAUUUGGGAAGAUGGAGGUUAUGAAGAGCGGCGUAAGGCUGAGUUGGCUCAAAUGAGCUGGGUUCGUCGGACUUGGGAACGCAUAUGGUGA